AUGGCGGCAUUGGACAUGGAUAAAACACGUGCUGCAGGUGGCAGAGUUGACCCCGAGGAACAGCUGGCCUGUUCUGCAGUUGUGGAUACACAGCUUCCGUCUUAUCCAAGUCAUCCAAUUACCCUGCUCCAGGGUCCAUUUGAAGAGUCUAUUUUGGAGGCGAACAACAGCUCAGCUGAGGAAUGGGCCGUCGAUAUCGAUGCGCAGACACGUCGGCGUGAUUUGUUGGAGAACGAUGAGUAUGAACGGCUUUGUGGGCGGAAAUGGCGCCAGAGGGGUGCCGAAAGAUACCAUCCUUUCUGGAAGCUGGUUUCCCAGAUGGUGUUUGGUGUUCAUCUCCUGGCCAUGCGGCUUGCGAAAUCCGAGUUCGAGGUGAUGAAGAUUCUCCAGGGCCACGUCGAUGAACUGGACGGAUUCCUACAAAGGACCACGGAGGACUUCUUGAUUAUCCAUCUGGAUGUGCGCACGAGAAUACAAUAUCUGAGUCUUCCCCUCGCCAACCUUGAUGCGUUCGAUGAAAUGCUGCAAGAUCGGAAUUUCCGGCUAUCCCUCGUGGCCUAUAAUGAUCAGAUUGAACAUGCCGUGGACAGAUUUACACUCACCAUUACGGAUUCGCUCAAGGAUCUCCAGAAGGGUAAGGAGGCAAUGGGAGCCUUGUGGCAUUAUAUGCGGCAGCUUGCAGAUGAAGGUUGCUUUGAGCCGGAUCGCCUCAAACUUUUCUACCAGUCCAUGAUGGAAAACAUGGAGGGCUGGAUCAAGGCCCUGUCGAAGCUCCGCCGACGUGGGGCAGCCCUUUCCAAGGCGCUUGGUCAAUUGGCAUUUGCAGUCACCGAGAUGCAACGGCGCGUUGGAGUGGCCAGCCGGAAGGAUGUGCGGUCCAUGAUGAUGGCCAACGGAUGCCCGACUCGAACCAAGUGUGUCUCUCAGGGGCUCUUUUCGAAGGAUUCGAGUCCUCCUGGUUCGUGCACAGUGCGCGAUAAGCCCUUACCACUCGAUCCUUUCUUGAAGCCUAAAAUUCCUGGACCAGCCACUCGCCCAGUUCAUACACCGGCAGAAAAGGGGGCCAUGGAUCCUAACGGCGACAAAGCAACCAAGAGAGUGAGCGCCCUUCCAAGGGUCAUCGACCGAGCGAAGUCAUGUAGCGCUCUGGUCGGAGGAUGUGACUCGGGUGCCACAACUCCUCCUCGAAUGCCGGGAAGACUCACGAGGCGUCUCUCCAAACCCUUUCUCCUCAAACGAUCGGUCAGUGAAAAGACUGAUUUCCCUCAGAAUCGGCCAGCCACAGCGCCAGCCCGGACACUUAAAACCCGCAGUGCCUCGAUAGAACAAUUGAAAGCAAUGUGGGCAAAUGGUCGUCCUCGCACUCAGCAAUCAAUGGCAAAGUUACCCUCACGUUCUCGACACCAGGCCUCACUGCCUCCCGAUGGCAGCGAAACCAUGAAGGAUCAAAUAUCUCAGUUCCUGAAGACAGACCGCGUGGUCGAGGCCUGGGAAAACAUUACCACCAAGGCAGACUGCUGUGGCCGAACACUCAUAAAGACCAAAGAGUGGCCUAGUAGCAUCUUUCGAGUCAAAUCGUUAGGUAACCUGCGAUCCCACCCUAGCAAAUCGGGCCUGUCCGGCGCCGAAUUGGAAAAGCAGAUGUCGUGGGUGCAGGAACCGGAGUUCCUAAAUACAUACUCGUUCAAACAGAGGCCCGAAAUGUCGCCUCGGAUCCAUGUCCUUUCUGUACAGUUGGCCUUGGACGAAGAAUUGACUGUUGCCCAGGAGGGCGAGGAGCCUUCCGAUGCGGGUGGUGAUGCCGGUUCCAUCAUCACAGCACUACCAGCCGUGCCGCCGGCAUCAAUACCAUCGGUUAGUUACAUUUGA